GGAUUUCCCCUUAAAUCAUAUGCGAGAUCACAUGGGUAGUUGCCCAAGCUUACCCUCAGUUGCUGCAUCACCCUGUGUUGACAUGCAACGUAGGGGUGAACUAAAUACCCCAAGCAGGUCUGAGGAGCCAUCCUGUAGCUUCAGUGAAGUCAGGACAGAAGAAACACCUUUCACUAGUAGAGAAGAGGGGAAUGGGACAGUAUUUCACUCAGACUGGAGGUCUGAAGUAGAUCCAGACAAAGCUGCACAGCUGUACAAGUCCAAAUUACUCUCUGAACAUGACAAGAAAAAGCCACUCUUGCUUAGAAUGGACUUGCAAGAUUCAUUUGAAGACCAGGAAGGAUCUUUAAUAUCCUUCUACAAGGCUUCAAAGAUUGAGUGGGCUAGCCCUCUCAGCUGCAAAUUAGAAGGGGAUGUUGCUGUUGGAGAAGGAGUCAACAGGUUCUUCCUCUCAAAAGCAAUGAGCCUUCUGCAGUUUGGAUUGCACAUGAAUUUUGGGGGCACCAAGAUUACAAGACUUUUUGAGGGAGAAGCAGACCAUUUAACUCCAUCAACUGCACAGUUCCUUCUUGACAGUGACAUGUUUCUUGUGGCAGGAAGAAUGAUUGGCCAUUCAUUCCUACAUGGUGGCCCAUCUUUUGCUGGUCUAAGUCCUGCAAUAGUUCAUGUCUUGUGUGGGGGAUCACCAGAAACUUCAACAAUCCACACUGAGGAUUGCCCUGAUAUUGACAUUCGUUCCAUUAUCCAGUCGCUGGAAGGAACUGCUGAGUUGACACCAGAGGAAAAGAAAGCUGUGCAUGACCUCGCCCUGUCCUGGGACCUACCUGAUGUCACUGAAGGCAACCGGAAGUGGUUGCAUGAGCGGCUGUUAUUCCAUGCUGUGAUUUCAAGGACAGGCCGACAGGUGAAGCAGCUCAGGAAAGGUCUGAAAGACACCAUGAUUUGGGAACUUCUGAAGGAGAGAGCAGACAUUGUUCCAAAGAUUUUUCCAAGGAAUUCAGAAGCUGCUCUCAAUUCUCAUUCAGUCAUAGAAAGAAUUUUGUGGCCUGUCAUGGAGGAUGAUGAAGAUGAGGAGGAAUGCUCCUUAGAUGAUAAAUGCAGAGUUGCUGGAUAUCUGAGGAACUUCAUUGAAAAUGCAACUUGCACACAGCUCAAAGCACUCCUCAAGUUUUGGACAGGAUGGGAACUACUACCCAGUGAACUCACCCUGGAAAUUGUCAACAGUGAUUUACCAAAAUCUUCAACAUGCUUUGAAACACUUCGUCUUCCAGCACACUACCACGACUACCAAGUUUUUGUAACCGACUUGCAGGCUUGUCUCAACACUACUGAUACAGGCUUCGGUCUUGUCUAGAAUUUAUUGGAGACACAGGGUUCCUGUUUUUUUUUUUUUUUUUUUUGCCAAAGAUGGAUUGUUCCUUAUAUCAGUUACACUACAUUUGAAAGAGUUGCAGAUUUUGUUGCACAUGUUUUCUGAGAAGUAAAAGUCAGUUUUUACUGGAGUUUUGCAGCUCUUACUCUUGCCUGCAGGGCCCAAAGUUCUCACUGUUUUGUCCGACUGAUAAAAUUGAACCAAAGCUGUUAUGUACAUAUCAGAGAUGUAAAUUAAAACUUUUGUUAUGUACAUCGAUAAGAUUUAACCACAGAUGUUUGUAUUAAUAAAAACAAAGUACAACUUUAAAAGCAAUUUCAUUUAAUUGAAAUGAUCUAUAAUGGGUGGGUACAUGUUUUUAAA